CAUUUGCACAUAACACUGGCACUGCCAAACUUCGGAUAGUGGUGGCGAAAUACACUACAAACUGAAAUCGAAUCGGAGUUUCGGGAGAGAAACCUCGGGUCCCUUUUGGGUCCAAACUGUAGUUGCACAAAUUCAGACAUACAAAAAUUUCAGCCUGAGGCCCCAUCAACUCUGGUUUUGCGUUACAUGAGAAUGGGGCCAGUGGGACAUUCUGAAUGGACUCUAAAGUUUGGCCGAUGUGUUUUCUUUGUCUCUCUAUUUCAGAAAGUUCUGCUGAACCUGACAGUCUUGUGCAUCACCUGGGCCUUGUGCCAUGGAUUCUGCAUUCGCUACGGACACAGAGCAGAGUUUAUAAAUGGUAAAACUGUGGCUCCAACUGAGUGUACUGAUCCUUACGAUAAAACCAAGCAUCCAUUUGGAUCUACGUGGAAUACAGAGCAUUGCAUGAGAUGUGACUGUUCUACAUCUGGAAUGGGAUGCUGCUCCAGAUAUGGUGGCAUCGUGGAUGUUCCAGGAUGCACCCCUGUUCGCGAUCCAGAUACAUGUACAUAUAAGUUCUUUGACAGCAACAACCCCCAAAAUCCAUGUUGGUACACAGGGAAGGAGCCACACAUGAGCCUGGUCUCCCCGGCCAGGCAAGGCCCCCCGGCCACCGCUGGCCUUCCCUUUCCGGGCCGGCCGCUGCCACCUGUGGACUCCGCGGCCGGGCCGGGCCUGCCACCGCCUCUGUCCUCCCGCGACCCUGUCUCCAGCCGGGCCGCCGCCGUCCUCCGCGGCCGGGCUGGGCCCUUCGCCUUCGGCCUCCGUGCUGCCGCCGAGCUGGCGGCUCAGGCAGGUCCUGGGAGCUUGGGAGGUCCUCCUGAGGCGGAGGCAGCAACAGGAAGCCGCCUCUUGCCAAGUAGCGCUGCAGGCGGGCCCCAGUGCCCUCUCGGCUCCCAUCCCGCUCACUGUCCUUCUCCGAUGCCUUCGCCACCACCUCCUCCUGGCCCGAGGGAAGCAAGGCUGCCCCAGCUGAUGAGCGAGGCAAGAGAUCUGGUGGAAUUGGACGUGUUCCCGGCUGUGCAGCAGUUGUUGAUCCGGAAACGUAAACUCCUCUUCAGCCUGGCCCUCUUUUGCCUUGCCCUGCCUUUGAGCCAUGCAGGUUGCUUUACGACACUAUUUAACCCAGAAUUGAAAGAUGGUAUUUGGGUGUUUCCAGAUGGAUGUGCCGAUCCUUAUGAUAGGACCCAGCAUCCAGUUGGGUCUAUGUGGAACUCCGCUCAUUGCAAGAGAUGUGUCUGUGGUAGAGGAGAAAUGGAAUGCUGUGACAGAUUUGGUGGAAUUGCACAUUAUGCCGGCUGCGGAGGAUUUGUGGAUCCAGAAACAUGUAGAUAUAAGUUCUAUAGGCUUGAUGACCCCUCCAAGUUGUGUGGCGUGAAUUAAAAACCAGCUUCGUGCCCUUCGUAUAUGGGCACUGGAAUAAAUCAGUCACUUGCA